CACAAUUUACAAAUUUAUUUGUCAAAAUACCGUUUUAAACAUAAUUAUUUUAAUUCUUAUUAAUUCUUCAAUGUUUUUCUAUAUCUCCCAUAAUCGUUCAGUUAGUUCGUUUACAAGUGUACACCAGAAAAUUGUAGAUAGAAAUUUAUAGCAGGUUGGGCCGACGACAUUGAGCAACUAGCAAAUCAAAAUCUUAUGUCGAGUGAGUGAAUCGUGUUGCAUUACGUUCUUGACCUUAGGGCAGCGAUGUUUCCGUGCAUUUCGCAUCAUGCAGAUUAGCUCACGGCGCCAACGUCUCUCGUCAGUCGUCCAGCUGUGAGCGCAGUGAAUAUGAGAUCACUGUAGCAACGGUCUCCCUGCUUAGUGGUACAAUGAGUGAGGAAGUGCAAAAUGAGAGUACUAAAACGAACACAAGUGCCGUCGCCUCUACGGAGACAGAGGCAGAGGAAGGGCAGGUGGACGCUGCAACACACGUGUCUCAGACCAGCCUCGCUCAGGUGACAGACUGUGCGGUGGCAGCACCACCCGGCGACAAUGGGGCCAAGUGGACCUGUGAGAUGUGCACUUAUGAGAACUUCCCUUUGUCCAGAAAGUGCACCAUGUGUCGGACCCCCAAGCCGUCGCUAGGAGAAGACAUAUUUAGGUUACAAGACGGAGCCAGCGCCCUGCCCCCGCAGGACAUAUGCGGCGCGGAAGCCGUGACGGAAAGACUGAAGCCCCUGCGGAUAUCCUCCCCGCAGGGGCAGCCCAGCGCCUCCGCUGCCAAGUGGCCGUGCGCUACGUGCACGUACGAAAACUGGCCGCGGUCGCUGAAGUGCGCGAUGUGUAACGCGCCCGCCCCCCCCGCAGCCGCCGCCGCGCCACCCGCGCCCGCGCCCGCGCCGCAACACGAGCGGUUGAGCGACACGAUCAACAGCGAGGCGGCUAGUGAGGACGGCCGCCGCAAGCGUCGCGCGCAGCCCGACUGGCUCUGGCUGCAGGCGUGUAUAGGUGUGGUAGAGGGCGACGCGCGGCGCGUGGACGCGUACCUGGCGGGCGGCGGCGACCCGGCGCGCGCGCUCACACCCGCCGAGCUGCCGCUGCUCGACCGCGCCUCUGCCUUCGACGCCGGACACACGCUCGUGCACCUCGCCAUACGGUUUCAAAGACAAGAGAUCCUGUCGACACUCCUCUCCCGGAUAUCCGGCGGCGGGCCGGGACUCAAGCGGUCACCCUCCUACAUAGCUCCCGACUUGGCGUCCGCGAUCCGUCGUCACAUGGCGAACUGCGUGCGACACAAGAAGGGCCCCUUCCCCUGCCGGUAUAUAAACGAGUUCUGCACAUUCUCCCUGCCAGCCGAGAUCGAGGAGUUACCGGCGGCGAUCCAGGAGCAGCUGUUCUCGGAGCUGCUGGACCGCGAGGCGCAGGCAGCGCUGGAGGCGGACCCGCUCUGGCCGGAGCUCGCUGACGGCUCGCGGCUGCACGCGCUGUGGAACAGAUCUGCUGGCGACUGUCUGCCGGACGCGGUGUGCCAGGCGGCGUACGGCGUGUCGGACCGCGCGAACGUGCUGCGCGCCGCGCUCGCCGACACGCUCGCCGCCUGCCGACCCAUGUACGCGCGCUGGGCCGCCUGGGAGCGCGCGCAGGCGGCGCGGCUGCACUACUCGCCGGAGGAGGCGCAGCUGCGCGCGGAGUGGGCGCGGCUGGCGGCGGCGGCGGCACGGCCGGGCGCGGCGCUCAGCCCGCUGCACGUGUGGGCGCUGGCGCACGUGCUGCGCCGCCCCCUCAUCGUCUACGGCGUCGAUGUGGUGCGAAGCUGGCGCGGCGAGGCGCUGGGGUACGCGGGUUUCCGCGGCGUGUACCUGCCGCUGCUGUGGGACGCGGAGUGCUGCAGCCACUCGCCGCUCGCGCUCGGCUACACGCGGGGACACUUCUCCGCGUUAGUGCCGCUAGAGGACGGCUGCGAGGCGUGCGCGUACCUGCCGCUGUCGGACGCGCGCGGGCGGCCGCUGCCGGUGCCCUACCUCACGCCGGAGGAGGCCGCCGCCGAGACCGCCGUGCUGCGCCGCUGGGCCGCCGCCAGGGAGGUGGGCGGCGUCCUGUGCGCGCGCGUCCGCCUGCCCCCGCGGCCGCUGCUCGCCGCACAGAUGCUGGAGGAGUGGCUCAACCACUACCGCCGCCUGGCGCAGCAGCACUGCGCCCCCCACCCCCACCCCCCGCACACGCCGCACGCACACAUCGACCUGUCAUCCGACGCGGACACCGACGACGAGUAGCCUAGCCGGGACGUAGAUACUGACGAUGAAUAGGCUAGCCAGGAUGUACCAUCGAGGAAAUUGAUUCCUAUGCAUUUGAGAGACCAACGUCAU